UGUGAUGUUCGGCUUGGCCUUCAGCGGGGUCUACGUUGCAGCGACUCCGAAGGCCCGCUUGUUACAAGCCCCCGCAUUGACGAAAGGAAAGAUUCGGACUAUAUACCAGAUUAUGGAGAACCAAAACCCAUUCCCCGAGCAGGCAGCGCGGCGGGCAACGCCGCUCAUGUGGGCUGUGGCCUCGGCACUGGGCAAGGCGACCUCUCUGCGCGCGUCGUGCGUGCACGUCCACCUCGCGAUUCUGGUGGCCACAACUCUCGGGGCAGUUCAGCUCGAGUACGGUGGAGUCUUAUCCCGACAAUGCAAUCAGCUCAUGAUCCAGCAUGGCCCACCUGGGGAUGGAAAGUAUGUUGCGCUGUGGUUGGACGUGCAAGUGCUGGCCUUCUUCGACAUGAUACAGGAGAGGCGAGCCAAGAAAAAAUACGGAGAGGCCGAGCAGAAACACAAGGAGGACCCAGAUAACAAUCCACAGCCGGCGAAAAAAGAACAUGCUAAAGACACCAUCUUCAACGAAGGGACGUUCAUCGGCCUCGGGAACUUCAUGCAGGCGCAAGGGGAGACCGCAUUUCUUGUGCUACACGAAGGGAAAACAUGGCCACCCCACACCUUCGACAACGGCCCAGGGGGCGGCAUCGACGACCUCAACCAAAUUCACUAUCAUGACAUGUACAAGAACCACCCUGGGCUCUCACACCACGUGGCGCCGGGCCCGGCCCUUGCCAUGGGGCUCGCCUUAUCUUUCCUGGGCGACACAGAGCUGCUAGAGUGGGACCUCGAGUCGCCGAUCGCGCCCGCCAACGAGAGCGACCCUCUCUCGCGCUACGAGCGCAUCUCCCCGAGGCUCAAUUUCACAGAGUACGUUGGCCUGUUAAGGAACUCGGUGCACAGAUGGAGUCGGAUGUACCGCAACGCGGGCGGAGGCCAGGGCGAAGAGAAGACGGCGGCGAUCGAGGCGGGCACCGAGAAGCAGCUAACCAUGGAAUUUGGUGCUGCACGCUGGCACUCAUGGGGCUCUAUGCUGGGAUGGGCCCGCAGUGCUGCGGUCGCUAUGUGGGCGACGUCAUCGUGGGGCACCAGUGGAGGCCUCACCUUCUUCGCCUGGAGGGCCGCGCUGCACUUCCGAGCCUGGGACUGGGCCAAGUGGGCGGUGGAGAAGCUAGACGACGCGCGCGCGUUCCUGAUAGAGCUGGACGACUUCAGGGCCUACCUCUACAACCUCUACCAGGGCGGUCGCCUGGAGUUGCCGAUGUUGCUCCUCUCCUUCAUGAUGGCCUUCACCCCCGCGCGCUGGAGUUGGCGUUGCCGCCAUGGCCUGCCACGGUUUGGCGGCGCCAGCCCUCCAGGGAGCGAUGCGGACAGCGACGGGGGAGCUGGGCCUUCUGUUCACGACAAGGAAGCGUCGGAGAUGAGGAAGAUGAUGCAGGACCUGAUGGAGGAGAUGCACCGGGAUCGCCGCGACCGCCGCCGCGCGGAGGCGGAGACCGAGGGAAGCUCAGCUCGGGUUGCAGACCAGGCGUCGACCGCAGCGACGGCGGGCUCGACAGCACCCCCCACCAUCAACCUGGAAGAGGUCGCGAUAGAGGAGGUCGGGGUGAACAUCGGGCCGCUGCGCGAAUCGUUGAAGGACCCGAGGGUUCGCCCGAUGGAGAACCUGGCGAAGCUGAAGUCGGCCACAACGUUCGAGCUGCCCCCAGGGCUGACGGCCCGCAUCGCCCCCGACCUCCUCGUGCAGACAUACGGCAAGUACGGCAGCAUGCGCAAGUUCGCGACGGACUGGGUCAAGCAGAAAGAGCUCUACAAUAAUCACAUCGGCCACGAGAUGUUCUUGCAUUGCAUGACCCUGGAUCGCAUGUUGGAGGCCUCUCCCAGUUUCAUCACGACGGCUGGCUGCGAGAUCCUGUGUUCGAGGGUCUACGCGCUGAAGCGGGCGUUCAAGGGUGCGCGCGCGAUGUCACACUGGAAGCAGCCCCGCGGCGCAUCGGCCAACAAGUGGAACGUCGAGAAGGACCUCGCUGCGCGGCUGCAGCAGAAGGCGCCGUUCCAGAAGUACCUGCACAAGGCGGGCUCCGAUGGCUACACUGCCCUGGCCAUGGCGACGUCUGGCGCAGCUCCGGCACAAGAGACUCGACCUCGCGACAGCGAUCUUCUGCCGGACAUGCCGCUGCCCCCCUGGGACGCGGUGGCCAGCCGCAUGGAGUCCGCCCCCAAUGGCACCAUCAACAAGGGCCACAUCUACGACGUCGACGUGGACGUGGACGCCGCCGUCGAGCGCGCCCUCGCUGGCCGGGCCUCGCCGUGCGAGGGCGAGGGGGUCACCGAGUCCCUGGGCGUGGAUUCGAAGGGUCGCCGCGCGCUGCCGAAGGGUGCGAUGUGCUCAGUCGACGUGGACGAGCUGGUGCUGCCUGCGCCUGGGACCGCCCCCGUCAAGCUUAUCGACAUCUGCCCCCUCGCUGUCGAGUAUUUCUCGGACAUGGAGGGCCGCGUGCUGAGGCGCGGCAUGCUGACCUUCACCAAAGAGAAGAAAGAGUCGGUUUCACUGUUCGGGGUCAUCAAGAAGUACGUGGAGUCGGAGGUGGACGGCGACCUGGUCCUGCAGCGGCAUGGGCGCGCGAUCUGGGACGAGCGGCGGGCCAACCUCCGCUGGAAGCGGCCGCCCCACGUGCCGCCCGGCAGCCCCGCCUCAUUCGCGGACCUGGACCUCUCCGACAUCGAGGAGGAGGGGCGCGUCUACUCCGUGGUCGGCGACGUACCCGACAUGUUCUACAGGUUGGAGACGCCCCCGCAGUGCUGGCCGCACUUCUGCUUGGACGAGAUUGGCGUGGACGAGUUCGUGCCGUGCAUGGCCGAGCGAGCGGUCGACGUCGAGGCGUCCGCCGACUCGCGCUACCUGGCCCUGAAUGCGCUCGCCAUGGGGUGGUCUUGGGCGCCGUUCCUGGCGCACUCCGGCCUGCAGGCGUGCAUGGAGAUGGCCCUCGGCGAGGCGCUCAACUGGGCCUGCAUGGGCGACUGCGGCGCGGUGGCGAGCAGCGCGGGCGCGAAGGGUCGCGAGAAGGAGCUGAUCUCGAGCAUGGCGGCGAAGGUCAAGUCCUACUUGGAGUCCGUGGGCCUCGCGGCCCACGAGGUCUACCACGAGAUGCGACGCCCUUCGAGCCCGACCGCCGCCUUCUGUCUGUCCGCGGAGGCGCGGGCCGAGCUCGCCACCGCUGCCUACUGCGCCCCGCUCAUGGUCACGUGCCUGGAGUCGCCCUGGGCCCGCCGGGCCAUCCUGACCGACUCCAGCGACGCGGGCUACGGAGUUGCCGUCGCCCAGGAGGACGCAUGGCAGGAGGGCUGCGGCGGCUACGCCCACGACGCCGACGAGCUGGCGCAGGCCACGGCCCCAGUCGCGCGUGGCCCGAGCGCGCGCGCGUUCCGCUUCCUCUACCUCUUCGCGGGGGUUCGGCGGUCAGGAGACCUCGAGGAGCACCUGCGGCGGCGCGCGGAGAGCGCCGGCGUCCUCGUCGAGGUCAUGUCCCUGGAUGCAGUCAUCGACCCGAGGCGCGACCUCACCGACCCCGACUUCCUGAACGUCAUCGUGAGGCUCGUCGACAAGGGCUACUUCCAAGGGGUCAUGGGCCCCGCCCUCUGCGCGCGCGCGGAGCCGCGGGGGCGCGCCGACAUCAGGCUGACCUGGUGGGAGCGGCGGCGGCUCGAGCUGGGCGCCAAGUCGCUCAUGACGGCGUUGACGGUGAUCCGCGCGGGGGGGCCGCCCUAUCCGUCGAUCUGGAACCUCGCAGAGCUGAAAGACCUCGUCAAGGACUUUGGAGGAUGGGUCAACUACCUGCACCAAUGCCGCUACGGCGCCCCCUCCAUGAAGCCGACCAUGGUCGGCAUCUUCGGCGCAUUCAACAGGGGCGACGGGAGCGCCGCCGCUCGGCUCUGCCUCGCCUGUAACCAUGAGGGGCACCAUCGGGUGACGGUCGAAGGCCGAGAGGAGCCAGGAGGUCCGACCUUUCGCACCGCUGCUGCGCAGACCUACCAGCCAGAGUUCUGCAAUGCCCUCAGCGAGGUCAUCAUCGAGGCGCUCGUGCACAUGAGGUCCUCGAGGUCGCGGGGGCUUCGCGUCCUCAUCCUGACCGACAGCAUGGCGGCCUUGGGCGCGCUGGGGAAGGGCCGAUCGAGCGCCCCAGCGCUGUUGCGCCUCUGCCGCCAGGCGGCGGCCAUCACCCUGGCGUCAGCCUCUGCGGCCCAUGGCACGACCCCGAUGACCAAGAGGGGCCCCUUGGCAUGUGACAACUACGCGACGGACCCGAACGCUGGCUUGCUGGACGGUGGCUUCACGCGCUUGCUCACGCACUCGGUGGCCGACGCCACCACCACCGAGUGGGCCCCAAAGGUACGACAGUUCCUCAACUUCUGCAUCCAGCGGGGCUGGCAACUCACAUCUGAGUCGGAGGUCGACCGUGCGCUGGCAGACUACAUGGACAUCCAGUGCUACGGCGAGCGCAAGAGAGCGACCCUCGGCUCGGUGGUCCUGUUCGGCAUGUUGGUGAUCUGGCCAGAGCUUCGCAACAAUAUGCCCAUUGCCCUGAGGAGCCUCAAGAGUUGGCAGAAGCUGGCUGGCACGAGCGAGGGGGGCCCACUCCCAGAGGAGGCCAUCUACGCGAUCGCCAUCUACAUGAUCGAACAGGGCCACUACGUGGAGGCCGUCUGGACGCUUACGCAGUACGACGUCUACGGCCGAGAGCAGGACAUGGAGAUGCUGAAGGUCGCGGACGUCGUGUGGGACGGCCAGUGCAUGGCCCUGACCUUUAACGUCUCGAGUCGCGGGGAAGAGGUCAAGACGGGCACCGAG